GCCUCAGCUGUCUCUGAGUAGCUGUAGCUGUAGCUCUAGCUGCUGCACUCGGGGAGGGAAGAGCAGAAACUGUUGAGGAUAUUCUGAGCUUAGACUCCGUGCCCAAGUCUUCCUUCUGGAGGGACCAGCGUGCCUCCCCUCGGACGCCCAGCCCCUGGAAAGGGGCAAGAGAGAGAUCCUUAGACCCCCUCCAAAAUCCCAGCCCGGCAUGAACUAAGCGUCUGGGGGGACUGGAGAGAGCUGGGCAGUCCCUCCCUCCUUCUGCCCCUGCAACAAGAGGAUGAGUGGAGUGAGGCUGGAGCAGCGAGCGCAGUGCCGGCUGAAGCGCUGCAGCAGGAAUCCUCAUCUCAGCCCUCUGGGAACCUUUCACCAGCGUCUCUGAGUGCUCAUCUUCCCGUUGCCUGUCUGCUGUGUGAACAAAAGCUUUAAGGAACUGGCAAGCUCAUCUAAGGUGAAUGUGGGUUCAGUGAGCAAGACAUGGUGGCCGCCAUUGAGAAUUAGACCUUUGUGAAUGAGAGACAUUUCCACACGCCACAAAGCACUUGAGCGGAGUGAGUGAGAUGUGCUGUCAGUGGGCAUAGUAUCUGAAGGGAGAAGCCAUUCUCUGGGAGAGGAAUUCUCAAUGAGCCUGCCCAAGACACUGGAUCUGUGUGAAGAGGCCUAAGGAUAUAAUAGGAUGUCAACGGAGACAGACCUGCAAGUGGCUGUUAAAUCCAGCACCAAGAGAGACUCCAGAAAGAAAGGUCAGGAUCGCAGCGAAGCCACUUUGAUAAAGAGGUUCAAGGGUGAAGGCGUCCGGUACAAGGCCAAGUUGAUCGGCAUUGAUGAAGUUUCUGCUGCACGGGGAGACAAGUUAUGUCAAGACUCCAUGAUGAAACUCAAGGGAGUUGUCGCUGGAGCCCGUUCCAAAGGAGAACACAAACAGAAAAUCUUUUUAACCAUCUCCUUUGGAGGAAUCAAAAUCUUUGAUGAAAAGACAGGAGCACUCCAGCAUCAUCAUGCUGUGCAUGAAAUUUCCUACAUUGCAAAGGAUAUCACAGACCACCGAGCCUUUGGAUAUGUCUGUGGGAAGGAGGGAAACCACAGAUUUGUGGCCAUCAAAACAGCCCAGGCAGCCGAACCUGUGAUCCUUGACCUUCGUGAUCUCUUUCAGCUCAUUUAUGAAUUGAAACAGAGAGAAGAGCUAGAGAAGAAGGCACAGAAGGACAAACAGUGUGAGCAGGCGGUAUACCAGGUUCCUACCAGCCAAAAGAAGGAGGGAGUUUAUGAUGUGCCAAAAAGUCAGCCUGUGAGUUUCCAGAAUGGUCAGUCCUUUGAUGACUUUGAAGAGCGUUUUGCAGCAGCCAUGCCGAACCGAAACUCAUUGGUGGACUUUGACAAAUGUUUCAAGAGCGAUAAUCAGGCUGUGACCCAGUUAGAGCUUUUUGGGGACAUGUCCACCCCUCCAGAUAUAACCUCUCCCCCAACUCCUGCAACUCCAGGUGAUGCCUUUAUCCCGCCUUCAUCUCAGACACUCCCCUCUAGUGCCGAAAUGUUUGGUUCUGUACCUUUCAGCACUACUGCUGUACCCUCAGGUUACGUUGCCAUGGGCGCUGUCCUCCCCUCAUUCUGGGGACAGCAGCCCCUUGUUCAACAGCAAAUCGCCAUGGGUGCUCCGCCACCAGUGGCUCAGGUGAUGCCAGGGGGACAGCCAAUAGCAUGGGGCCAACCGGGUAUCUUCCCUGCCCCUCAGCAACCAUGGCCAUCUGUAGCUGGUCAGUUCCCACCCACCGCCUUCAUGCCAACACAAACUGUGAUGCCUUUACCGGCUGCCAUGUUUCAAGGUGCCCUCGCCCCCCUCGCCACUAUCCCCACCACCAGCGAUUCCACCCGAUCGAGUCCCCAGACAGACAGGCCCCAACAGAAAAUGGGUAAAGAAAUGUUUAAAGAUUUCCAGAUGGUCCCGCCUCCCCCGGUACCCUCCCGGAAACCUGACCAGCCUUCCCUCAGUUGUACCUCAGAGGCCUUCUCCACUUAUUUCAACAAAGUCGGGGUGGCACAGGAUACAGAUGACUGUGAUGACUUUGACAUCUCACAAUUGAACUUGACCCCUGUGACUUCAACAACGCCAUCGACCAACUCACCUCCAACCCCUGCACCCAGGCAAAGUUCUCCAUCUAAAUCAUCAGCAUCCCACGCCAGUGACCCCACCACAGAUGACAUCUUUGAAGAGGGCUUUGAAAGCCCCAGCAAAAGUGAAGAGCAGGAAGCUCCUGAUGGGUCUCAGGCCUCAUCCAGCAGUGAUCCAUUUGGUGAGCCCAGUGGUGGGGACCCCAGUGGUGAUAAUAUAAGUCCAGAGGUCGGUAGCUAGAUAGCGCAGGUUGGGGAGUAUGAAUCCCUCUACGCGCAGAUCAACAGACCUAAGAAAUAGCAUCAUUGUGGGUUUGGGGUGGGCGCUUCAAGACUCAAAUGGAAACCUACAUCUCAACAGGCCUUGGGCUCUCCUGAUUUCUUUGAUAUGACCCCAUCUGACAAUGGAAUUGAUGGUUGCCUGCUGAACUAAUUCUACAGAUGGACCUGACCACUUGGGCAACCAGCGGCUAAUAUCUAUGGCAGCACAAAAAGGAAAAAAAAAA